AGAAAUUUCCAGGGUAUAUGAAUUAAUUAAAUAUGAUUAAAGGAAUGAUCAUUAUACAUGCUUAUCCUUAUAUCACGUAAAGUUAUAUGCUUUAGAUAAGAAAUUUAUUAAAUGUUAGGAGAUUGCUAUACACUAAAAGAAAAAGAUGAUAUUAUGAUAAUAAAAUAAGACUAAUCUUAAUACUUUUAAAAGAUAUAAAUACUAGAAGUAAUGGAGAAUUAAAAAAAAAUUAGAAACAUAAUCUGUUAUAAAACAACCAAUGUAUACUAUUGGAAAAAAUGUAAGAGAUUAACCUUUAGGAGACACAUGUAUUGGUGGAGCAAAGUAUAGCAGUAAUUCUGCCAUAUUAAAACGUAUUAGAUUUAUAGUGCCUUAAAGAUUAAGUGUAUAAUUGAUAGG